AUGUUGAGAUCUCUAACUAAUGUUGGCGUUGCUAAGCACGUGGCUAGACCGCUGAGGGCUGCCGCUGUCGCCGUUUCCAGAUCUGCUCGCUUCUCCACCACCACCUUCUUGAGAAAAGAAGAGGAAGAGCCUCUCCAAAACCUCUCUGAAUUGCCCAGAAAGUCUAACGCCCCAAUUCAUGCCCCUAUAGAAAACCCCGCUGACAAGUACAAGGAGACUACCGAGGAGUUGCACAAGUUUGGCCGCUACAUUAUGUCGUGCAUGCCCAAAUACAUCCAGCAGUUUUCUGUGUGGAAGGACGAGUUGGUGCUUUACAUUGCUCCAUCGGCCGUGCGGAUUGUCAUGAUCUUCUUGAAAAACCAUACUCCUGCUCAGUUCAAGGCGUGCAUGGAUGUGACUGCUGCUGACUACCCAUCAAGAACUAACAGAUUCGAUGUUGUGUACAACUUGUUGAGUGUGCGUCACAACUCCAGAAUUAGAGUCAAGACGUAUGCCAACGAGACGUCAUCUGUGCCUUCGGUGGUCCCUAUUUUCCAGGGUGCCAACUGGUUCGAGAGAGAAACCUACGACUUGUUCGGCAUCUUCUUCGAGGGCCACCCUGACUUGAGAAGAAUCAUGACAGACUACGGUUUCGAGGGCCAUCCUUUGAGGAAAGAUUUCCCAACUACUGGUUACACUGAGGUUAGAUACGACGAAGAGAAAAAGAGAGUUGUCUAUGAGCCUUUGGAGUUGACUCAGGCUUGGAGAAACUUCACUGUGGGCUCCUCUGUGUGGGAGCAGGUUGGUGAAGGUAAGGACUUCACUCCUGAGUCUUUCAAGUUGCCAACACCAGAGCCAGAGCCACAGGAAGACGAAAAGGACAAGAAAUAA